AUGUCGCUCGUCCGUGCCCUCACCACCAGGCGCGCAAAGCCAGAUGCGUUUGGAAACGUUCAGCAUGUCGGUCGCGCCGCAAGUCAACGUGCCGGCAAGCCAGUACAUCGUUCGCAGAUCUCUUCGCCGGUCGCCCUCGUCUCCAGCUCCAACCCGCUGUCGUACGAAGCACCAGAUAUUGCUGGUACGAAGCCGAUCGAAUUCCGCAAGGUCUCCUCAGAAUCGUCGGCCGCAUCUUCGCACUCUGCCGAGGACAGCGACGCAAGCACUCUGAGCAUCAACAGCAACACCGACGCCUCGUCUGUGGAAGAGUCUUCGCCGAUCACUCCGGAGCCAGAGCCAAACCACCUGAGCUGCUACUUCAAGACAUCAUCGUCAGAUAGUUCUGCAAGAACAUCUCUGGACGCUCCGGUGAUCCCUCAACGUGUGCCAUCGCAUUCGAAGAAGGCUCACGAGCGACUUCACCGCAAGCGAUCUGUGCAACGCUUGAUGUCCCCACCAACAAGCAUUAUCCUCCGAAGAGAAUCUUCAGAGAUGUUCCAAGCUGUCGAACUGCCAAGGGAGAACCCAUUCACCGGCGAACUCGCCCAACUGGACGAGGUUGCCGAGGAGUUCAGCCAUGCAGUUCGUGACACCGAAGCAGAUGCCGAUGCCACGUGCAUGGUCAUGAACGACCUGGCCCACUUCAGCGCAUCAGACUACCUGGCGGAGAUCCACAGCCUCAUCUACGAGACCUUCCUGGCAGAGGGGCCAUCCUGGAUCUAG